AUGAUUAAUAAUAUAAAAAAAACACAGAGAGGAAAAAUAAAAGGUAAUUUUAAUUUAAAAUUUUUGAAAUUAUAUUGGGGUAUAAUAUCUUUGACUUCUGGAUAUUUAACUAAUAAACAGUUUGAAACUUCUAAAUUUAUAAUAAAUAAAUAUAUAAAAAAAAUAGGUUAUUAUAAUAUAUAUAUACAAUGUAUAAAAUCUAUGACUAAAAAAUCUUUAAAAACUAGAAUGGGUGCUGGUAAGGGUCCUAUUGAGUUAUAUGUGUGUAAAAUAAAAAAAGGAAAAUUAUUAUUUGAAAUUAGUGAGGUUUCUGUGGAUAUUAUUUAUAAAAUUACAAAAAUAUUAUCAUAUAAAUUAAAUUUAAAAUUACAGUAUAUAAAAAAAAUAAUUAAUUAA